AUAUAAUUUAAUCGCUAACACGUUCAGAAACACUAUUCAUAUUCAGCCUUCAGUUUAUCGGUGUUCAUUGGACAGGUAUUAUCAUAUCGCUACUUCAAUUAUUACAUUCGGCAAGUUGCACUGACAACAAUUGCACUACAAGUAGGAGUAAUUAGGCAGUUUGAAAAAAAAUAUUUAAUAAUAUUGUUGUAUUUUUUAUAAAAUAUUUAGUUAUUUAUUCGCAAUGGCAGAUAGCGAAAAAAUCGAAAAGAAAAAUUUAGACCCCAUCCAGGACGCAAUGGGAGUUAUGGGACCGUGGCAAAUAAUUAUUACUGUAGCGGUUUCAUUAACGAAUUUUCCCGCUGCGUGUAAUCAACUCGCGAUAGCUGUGAUCGCGCCUGGACAAAAUUUCACAUGCAUAUCGCCAGCGCCAAUCAAUCCCAAUGACUCAAUGAUCAAAGCGUGUUUUGUAAAAGUAAAUCAUAGUCUGCCUGAAGUAAAAUGCACUGAAUUUAGUUAUGACCAAAGUGUUUUUAAGUCUACUAUCAUAAGUGAGUGGGAUUUAGUGUGCGAACGUCAAUAUUUAGUGAGUUUCGUUCAAAUUUUGACCCAACUGGGAAUUCUCAUUGGUAAUCUGGUAUUUGGUACAAUUGCCGACACGAUUGGACGGAAAAAUCCAUUGAUGAUUGCAGUGAUAAUUCAAGCUGUGACAGGAACCAUAACUGCAUUUAUGCAGCUGUUUGAAUUAUUUUUGUUAUUUAAAUUCGUUUCUGCUAUUGCCACUGGUGGUGUUAUACUAAUUAGUUUUGUCAUUGUUAUGGAAAUUAUUGGAGUCGAAACGCGUGCAAAAACUUUGACACUUUUCCACAUACCUUUUUUACUAGGAUUUUUUAGCAUUCCAUUAUUUUCGUAUUUAACAAGAACAUGGGAUGGUUAUUGGUUGACAAUAUCUAUUCAAGCAUUUAUUUUAUUGUCGUUUUACUGGCUGAUACCCGAAUCUCCACGCUGGCUAUUAGCUGUCGGGAAAGUUGAACAGGCACGGGAAGUUUUGGUAAAAGCGGCUAAAAGGAAUAAAAUAUCUGAAGAUAAAGUCACUGCGGCAAUUGUAGCUCAUGAAAAUUUAUCAAAAAAAGACACCAACACCUUUAAUGAUGACAGUAGUAAAUGUAAAACCUACAAUGUAAUUGAUUUAGUGCGAACGCCAAACAUGAGGAUAAAAACUCUGUGUAUUGUUUUCAAUUGGUUCAGUUCCGGGAUGGUUUUCUUUGGUAUUGAACACUAUCUCGGUCACUUAAGUGAAAAUGUAUUGAGUGAUCUCGCUAUUUCAGCUGCUUUCCAAUUCCCGGGACUAUUACUCGUUUAUAUUUUGAUAUCACGCGUGUCACGUUUGAAAAUUUUUAUAGUCGCAAAUGUUUUGUCGGGAAUUAGUUUGCUGUUGAUUAUUCCAUUUUACGAUAAUUAUCUCGCCAAACUGAUACUAGUCACAAUCGUUAUUAUUUGCAUGACUUUGAGCUUCCCUACAAUUUAUCUGUAUACCGGAGAACUAUUUCCGACAGUCGUAAGAAAUAUCGGAUUCGCAGUUUGCAGUCUUGCUUCGACAUCAGGCAGCAUGGUUGCACCAUUUUUAAUUGACAAUAUUGAUGAUUUAGCUGUUUGGAUAGUACCAGUCGUUUUCAGCCUUGUCUCUAUCCUUGGUACCAUUCUCUGCUACUGGUUACCAGAAACAAUGGACUGUCGAUUACCCGAGACUCUUGAAGACGGUGAAAAUUUCAAAAAAAAAAAUGAGAAAAUUCCAGAUAAAUAAUAAUUCAUUAUUUUCAUGGACUCAUGGAUUUGUUUAUUUUUUAUAUCACUAUUUUUUCCAACUAAAUGUUAAAUAAUUACAUAG